AUGACCGAACAACGAAGAAUAAGGCGCUUUGUCCAGGGCCUGAACGUGGAGAUCCAGAAGGAUCUAGCUGUAGCCCAGAUUAACGCCUUCAGUAAUACAGUGGAGAAGGCUCAACGAGUAGAGAAUGCUAGGCUACAAGUCGCCGACUCUUCUGAAGUUGUGGAAGGUACGAUUCCUGUAUUCCACCGAUUUGCGAAAGUCUUAGUAGAUCCCAGUGCUACUCAUUCAUUUGUCAACCCCAAUUUUAUGUGCGGAAUAGAUAUAAAACCUGCUAGUUUACCCUAUGACCUGGAAGUUAGUACUCCUACGGGGGAUCAUCGUUUGAUCACUAGUAUGGUUUAUGAAGAUUGCGAAAUCUGGGUAGGAGAGAAGAAGUUGCCAGGGGAUUUGAUAAGCCUAUCCAUUAAGGGGUAUGACGUAAUUCUAGGCAUGGACUGGUUAGUCAGGUAUAAUGCUCAACUUGAUUGUAAGAAGAAGGUGGUAGAAUUUCGCAUUCCUGGGAAGGCGACUUUAAGGUUAGAUAAAAGGGGUAGGUUAGCCUCAUCUGCCUUGAUAUCGGGUAUUCGGGCUAGGAAAUUGCUAAGUAUAAGGGCGCAAGGGUUCUUAGCCUUUCUAAUCAAUACCCCCACAGAUAAAUUGAAAGUAAAUGAUUUGCACGUAGUGAAGGAAUAUCCAGACGUAUUUUCUGAUGAGUUAGUAGCCCUACCUCCGGAGAGAGAGAUAGAAUUGAAAAUUGAUCUGUUACCAGAAACGUCACCUAUCUCUAAAACCCCGUAUAGAAUGGAACCUGCUGAGCUUAAGGAAUUGAAAUUACAGUUACAAGACCUUUUGGAGCAGAGGUUCAUUCGAGAGAGUGGGUCUCCUUAG